AUGUCGGCUCACAGGUGCACCAGCACGUUAAGAAUUCCCAGAGUGCACCUGAUGGCCAAUCCAUGCCUGGAUGGAUCUCUUCAUGGAGGCAUUGGGUACCUGACUUCAUCUCAGUCUGUGGUGAAGAAUCCUGGACAGUCUGUCACUCUGUCCUGUACUGUCUCUGGAUUCUCUAUGAGCAGCUAUUACAUGCACUGGAUCCGUCAGAAACCAGAGAAAGAACUGGAGUGGAUUGGACGCAUUGAUGGUGGCACAGGCAUAAUAUUUUCCCAGUCUCUCCAGGGCCAGUUCUCCAUCACCAAAGACACCAGCAAAAACAUUCUGCAUUUAGGGGUGAAAAGCCUGAAAGCUGAAGACACAGUUGUUUAUCACUGUGCCAGAGAAUCACAGAUCAAGUCAGGGGGUGGUGACUAUGCUUUCGAUUAUUGGGGAAAGGGAACAACGGUCACUGUUUCAUCCGGUGUUCAGUCACCACCAAAGUCGAUCUUUGGACUUUGGCCAUGUGGCCCAUCUUCAGGCGGGCUCUACACCAUCGGAUGCAUGACAUCUGGGUUUUCGCCGGCCGACUCUGUCACCUUCCAGUGGACCGAUGCCUCCGGGAACGCCUUGUCUGAUAUUGUCCAGUACCCCGCAGUUCCAAAAGAUGGAUCAUACACCAAGUUCAGCCACGUUAACGUUGUCGCACAGGAUUGGAAAGAUCGGAAACAGUUCAAAUGCAUUGCUAAAGCAGGAGAAACUGAGAAGGAAACUAUCGUGCCACCACCUGUGUACAAGCAGUCUGCAUCUCUGUACCUAACGAUACCUACUGAAAUGGAGCUAGUUAACGGAACAGCCACCUUCAUCUGCUUAGCCAAAGAUUUUUCCCCUAAAGAACACUUGUUUAAGUGGCUAAAAGACAAUGAGGAGGUGACAGACAAAAAGUACAUCAUUAGUACAUCUCUAAAUGGGGAACACAAUGGAACACACACCUUGUAUACGGCUUCUAGCGUUUUGCAACUCGAUUCAAGUGCAUGGAAUUAUCCAGCGCCUGCUACAAUUAGGUGCGAGUUUAACCAACAGGACAAGACCUUGUUCAAAGAAACUAAACUCCCCACAACUGAUCCCUGUACCUGUGAGCCCAAGAUUGAAAUCAUUCCACCCACUGCUGAAGACAUGCUGAAGGAGAGAGCUGGUACUCUUAAAUGUGUUGUCUCUGGCUGUCCUAUUAAGGCGGAUAAUAUCACAUGGAAAUCUGGUGAAGAUGUCCGUGUUUCUGAUAUUACACAUGGCCAGGACUCAACAGUUGCAGCAACUAGCAUCUCCUACGACGAUUGGAAUUCUUUAACAUUCACGUGUGAAGUUCACCACAAGGGAUUCCUUAAUCCUGAAUCAGUGAAAUACCGCAGAGAAAACGGAGGACAGUAUCGCAGUCCCUCUGUUUACUUGCUUCCACCUCCAGAACAGACAAAUGGCUCAGUGACCCUGACAUGCUAUGCAAAAGAUUUCUACCCAAAGGAGGUGGUUGUGUCUUGGCUUGUUAACGAUGAACCUGUUGAUAAAAAACAGGAAUACGAGCAGAAAUCAACCAAUGUGUUGCAGAGCAAAGGCCUCUUUUCAGUCUACGGCCACCUUACAUUUGGCAGUCAUCAUUGGGAGAAUGGUGAUGUCUACAGUUGUCAAGUGUACCAUGAGACCAGUGAGACAGUGAGAAUAAUAACCAGAACCAUUGACAAAAGCUCACAAAAACCUGCCUUGGUCCAACUCAAUAUGAAUAUGCCAAAGAUCUGCAAAGAUUCAGAAAAAUGUCUUGUGUAUGUGGAGGCUGCCUUCUGUGAUCCUGGAGACAUAGAGGACAACAGCAUGGCAAAUACUGCUUUUACCUUCAUCUUCCUCUUCCUCAUUACCCUCUUUUACGGCAUUGGAGCAACUAUGAUCAAGGAAGAAGUCACAGCUGCUUGUGUGGUGCAUGCCCCAUACGGCACUAAAGUUUCAUGGCUGAAGAAUGGACUUGAGGAUAAGACAUCAAUCAUACACGCAAACAGUGAAACUCAAAGCAUUAUCAGCAACCUGACACUGUCCGAAAAUGAAUGGAAUACAUUGUCAAAUCUAACAUGCAAAGCUGUGCAUCCGUGUUUUGAAGAGGUAGAGAAGACCAUCACGUUACAAGAAUCUGUGAAGGAAUCUCCUACAGUGGUGAUCAGGAGGUCUUUCUCAGAGUUUCUGAAGAAUAACAGUGCUGUGUUGGAGUGCGUUGUGGGAAACAUCUCCUCUGGUGAGGUCUCCAUCACCUUCCAGGUCAACGGAGAGGAUCAUCUUGAGGCCCAGUAUAUAGACCUUUCUGAGUCCAAUGAGCUGCACUCUCUGACCACACAAUUUACUGUUCCUAAUUCCAAAUACCAAAAAAACAACCAGUUUACCUGCAAAGUUCUCAAAAGCCCAACCAGUACGUGGCUGUCCAGUCCCAUUUCAAAUUUGUUUGGUGAUCCUGUUGUGGAACUCUCUGUGAAACCCAGUAGUGAGACACCCGGUUCUGAGCCUCAGAAACUUUUGUGCUCUGGAACAGGAUUCAAUCCAAAGAUUAAAUGGCUCUCAAAAUCUGGGCAAAAUAUUGAUGCAACCACUGAAAUUACAAUGGGCCAAGAUGGGCGUGUGACUAUUACCAGUGAGGUUUCAGUAAAAAAGCAAGAUUGGUAUGAAGGGUCACAGUUCACCUGUGAGGUCAAUGAUCCUGACCUGAAAACUAUAAAGAAGGAUAUCAGUGUUUGUUCAGUUCAUCAGUUCUCCUCACCAUCCAUUCACAUUGAGAGACCCUCACUGCGGAAUAUUAUGACACAGGAAAAAGUCACAGCUGCUUGUGUGGUGCAUGCCCCAUACGGCACUAAAGUUUCAUGGCUUAAGAAUGGACUUGAGGAUAAGACAUCAAUCAAACACGCAAACAGUGAAACUCAAAGCAUUAUCAGCAACCUGACACUGUCCAAAAAUGAAUGGAAUACACUGACAACUCUAACAUGCAAAGCUGUGCAUCUGUGUUUUAAAGAAGUACAGAAGACCAUCACAUUAAAAGAAUCUGUGAAGGAAUCUCCUACAGUAGUGAUCAGGAGGUCUUUCUCAGAGUUUCUGAAGAAUAACAGUGCUGUGUUGGAGUGCAUUGUGGGAAACAUCUCCUCUGGUGAGGUCUCCAUCACCUUCCAGGUUAACGGAGAGGAUCAUCUUGAGGCCCAGUAUAUAGACCUUUCUGAGUCCAAUGAGCUGCACUCUUUGACCACACAAUUUACUGUUCCUAAUUCCAAAUACCAAAAAAACAACCAGUUUACCUGCAAAGUUCUCAAAAGCCCAACCAAUUGGUGGCCGUCCAGUCCCAUUUCAAAUUUGUUUGGUGAUCCUGUUGUGGAACUCUCUGUGAAACCCAGUAGUGAGACACCCGGUUCUGAGCCUCAGAAACUUUUGUGCUCUGGAACAGGAUUCAAUCCAAAGAUUAAAUGGCUCUCAAAAUCUGGGCAAAAUAUUGAUGCAACCACUGAAAUUACAAUGGGCCAAGAUGGACGUGUGACUAUUACCAGUGAGGUUUCAGUAAAAAAGCAAGAUUGGUAUGAAGGGUCACAGUUCACCUGUGAGGUCAGUGAUCCUGUCCUUGAGAAACCCAUAAGGAAGAGCAUCAGUGUUUGCACAGUGACUGAACCAUCGUAUCAGAUGGCUGAGGUGUAUCUGCUUGGUCCCUCUCUUGGUGAUUUGCAAUCUGGGAGUCAAGUCCCUAUUACUUGUCUGGUGAUUGGACAGCACAUAAGGGACUUCUCCUUUGAAUGGAGACUGAACAACACCGCUACCUCCAAGGAUGGCAUGGCUACACAGCAACCCAAAAACCAUGACAAUGGGACUCAGAGUGUGCAAAGCAUCUUAAAGGUUCCAGCAAGCACAUGGCAUGCACAUACUCAUAUUUCCUGUGAGUUCAAACACUUCUGUUACAACAGAACGCUGGAGCGCAGCAUCUCAAAAUCUAAAAAUCCCAAGUGCCCAAGCCUUAAAAUUAUUAGACCCUCUGAUGCUGAUCUUGCAAGCUCCAGAGAUGCCACUCUACUGUGCAUCAUCACAGGCUUUUUCCCUUCUGAUGUCAUUGUGAACUGGGAGCUGGAUGGGAAGCGCCUAGAGAAGUCUCGAUUCACCAACAGCCCUGUCAAAUCAGACAAUGCGAAAACAGCGUACUCCAUGCACAGCACGUUGACAUUACCAGCAUCAGAUCAACGUGAAGGCGAUUACUCCUGUGUGGUUUCUCAUGAGUCAUCCAAGCAGCCAGUCAUUAGCACAGUUAACAAUGUUUAUGCCUCAGUGACUCCCUCCAGUCCCUCUGCAACUUUACUACAAGGUCCCGGGGAGCUGGUGUGUAUGGCGUUUGGUUACAGUCCAUCUGACAUCACCAUCACCUGGUUACUGAACAGCGACUUUGAGCAAUCUGACUUCACUGUCAGCGACCCGGCAAAAGGGCCAGAUGGAAAAUUCAGUGUGUUUAGUCGCCUGCGUCUUCUGCCCUCAGAUUGGGCACCUGGAGCAGUGUAUACCUGCAGGAUCAAUCACACCACUGGCAUUUUCUUAUUCAAUGUCUCCAAACCAGAAAUCAUUGAGGAAAGCAUAUACUUUGAUGACAAUAAGGCUGAUGAGAUCCUAAACGAUACAGCAGAGGAAACCUGGAACAUGGCAUGUGCCUUCCUCAUCCUUUUCUUUUUCUCUCUAAUCUAUGGAUGCUCAGUAACCCUGGUGAAGGUGAAGACUGCAUGA